AUGCAGGCGUUUUGCCAUUCUGCAGAAUGCUAUGCUGUUGGAGCCAGUAGCAACGAAACCCGUUGCCUGCUUGUUGGAGAAGCUCAGGCCGAACUAAUUAAAUGCGAUACCCAGCACAGACGACAAUUAUAUAUGCUGGCAAUUGAUCUCAUAAAAAAGAAGUAUGGCAACAAGGCGGAACUCGUGAGGGUACUGCAGAAACGCCUGGACAACGCGAAAGCAGACAAACCCUCGACCCAAGGGCAAAGGAAGCUACUGGAAUAUAUCAUUCCCCUGGUUAUGCAGCUACACAAAUUAGAAGUGAAUCUGGACGGCUCGUACAACACCCAAAAAGUGUUGUCCAAGUUUACACCUAGAAUCACGCAAGGUCCUUGA